UUAUGCUUAUUAUACUUUAAUCUUGUGUGUUUCCGCGUGAGAAGUGAAUGCGCAUCUCCGUUAUCUGAUUGGAGAAUUCAAUUGAAAGCUUUAAACGCGUCUCCUGAAUAUCGUAUCUUUUGGUUUGUGACAGUCUUUUAGUAAAUGUGCGAUAUGGCGUGAUCGGCGGGUGACAUUCAAAAACUGGUGACUUUAAAGUACAUAUUCGCUUCACACAACCCCCCUACGAGGUUUAAGCAACUCCGCUUAAAUCUCGUCGAUGGUCCUUCAAGCCGUUCAGUUAGCAAUUGAAUCGGCUCUGCACUGCUGGCAAAUGUCAAAAAGUAUAAAUUUUAAUACGCAUUUCUAAUCCCUAUCGCGCUUAAACUCGGUGACGUUCGGAAAAAAAAACAUUUUUAAACUCUGUAAAAUUAAACGAAAAAUUUAAAACAAAAAUUUAAUUUAUAAAUAAAACUGGAAUCCUGAAGCGUCAAAGAAGGUGGAAGGCAGAAGAAAGGCGUAAAGUUCACAGGCACAGUGACAAACAAAAAAAGCAAAAGAGCAAUCGCGGAAUCCGAAGGAAUAGCAAGAAGAACAGUCUGGUGGAAAUCUGGAGGCGCGAUAAGACGCAACAGAAUAAGGUUACCUAAAUAAAACAUACGGAUGGCGCAAUCACCGGAUAUAUAUCAGUGCCGAAUCUGCUGCCGCUUUCAUCCUCUGCAGGCCUGCCCGAGCUUCAGAAAAAUGGACGCACUGGAAAGAUUGGAUGCAGUCAAAGUACACAAAUAUUGUGCAAACUGUUUGGCACGUUCGCAUACCACCGCCAAAUGCCCUUCUCGACACUGCUGCUGCAUAUGUAAAAUGGCACACCACAUGCUUCUCCACAACGAUAGGAUAGGAAGGAGCCUUAGGAGCGCAAUCGUACCUAAAGCCAUUCAGGAUCGCGACGAACAUGGCAGGAACGCGCCAACGCGUGUAUGUAUUUGUAGCCAAAAAAGGGCAGCGAAACAGCCACGCCCUACCACCAUCACAAAACCGUCUUCUGUCAUCGCUAGGAAGUCCGUGCGCCGCGGUCGGGUCCAUAAGAACCGUCAACUAGAUACUUUAGUGAAUGCAGCCGUGACGUCGUUGCAGAAUUUACAGGAUGCCUUACGUAACAUUGCAACGGUGCAAGGGGGCCGGUAUGGUCAUGAUGGGCAAGCCGGCAACCUUAUUGAACUCUAAAAUCUCUCAAUUUUUUAUUCUAUUUUGUUACA